CUUCAAUCACCAAUUUCUGAUUUUAUCGCAACUUUCAUCUCUCACACAAGAACAAGCCGAAAUAAGUUUGCGACCAGCAAAUCGCAUUCAAAUGGCUCAACUAAUGUCACCAUGCGACCCUCAAUACAUAAGAUAGCAGCCCCCGCGCUUAGAGGGUUGCAUACCAUAGCAUCCGUCCCUGCUCUAAGACCGCAACGAUGUUUUCACCAGACCACGCUCGUCUCACUACCACGCAAGCGCAGCUUCUUCUCCUCUAACCAAUUGUUAUCAAAUGUUGAUACCAAAGACGAACCAUCCUUUUCAGAACACGAUGUCAAUCAGUCGGAAGCGCAACAGAAAAAUAGGACUUCGGGCUCCUCUAAGCGCAAACCCGCUCGAGCUUCGGCUGCCAAGACUUUGCGGCUAGGGCUCACGACCAAACCAACCAAAGGUAGUAAAGAUGUGAAGAAAGAUCAUAUGAGAGAUCAUACUGGCCCCGAGACGGAUUAUCGUCGAACUAUCAACUCCAUAUGCGUUGCUCAAUCUUUCGAUAUGGACGCCGUACAGGAGAUAUUAAGCUUACAUGCAUUUGAGCUGGAUCCCGAUGGUACCGAAUUUGACCCCUCAGGCGUUGUACACGCAAGGGGCAUCAAUAACGGAGAUAUUUUCGUCUUCCCUUCCGGAACCGUUGUAGCAUGGUCAGUGCCAGCCGACGCUUUUAAGACCCUUACCACUAAGCAGCUGAUCCGAGCGGCCGAGCUUCCUCAUCUUAAUCGUGUCGAGAUGGAAGAACUCGAAUUCAUACCAGAUGAGACACGCGACACCAGUUAUAUGAAGGGCGAGGUCGUCGUCUUAGGCACGCGAGCGCAAGAACUAGAGAAUGACAGGCUAGACACGACCCUCGCCAAGAUUGCCUUCUCCAGCGGCUUGGCCAGAAGUCCAAAGCUAGCAGUGCUGGAAAACCAGGCUAUCGAGCACUUCGAAUAUUCUAAAAACAGCUUGGAUUUUAUCGAGGGUGGUUUGGAGCAUAAACUUAGACGGCGCGCCGUGUUGAAGAUGACAGGUCAGCUACUGAGCUUGAGAUCACAGCUAAAUCAUUAUUCGGAUAUCACAGAUCAACUGCCGGACAUGUUCUGGGACUCGGAGUCGAACCUGGAGAGCUACUACAACCAGAUCAGUACUGUCUUGGAUAUACGGCAGCGCAUUGGGAUUCUGAACAAGAAGAUCGACUACGGGUUUGAGAACGUGAGCGUCUUAAGAGAGAUGGUUAGCGAAAAGGUUGGCCAUCGGUUGGAGUGGAUCAUUAUAUUCCUCAUUACUAUCGAAGUCGGAUUUGAACUAAGAAGGGUCUACCGGGAGGAUAUAGUCGAGCCAGGGUCAGACUAGAUAGUAAAUGUCUUGUGGAAAAGAAGCCAUAAAAGCACCGCUCCAUUACGUACCUUAUAUAUUUGAUACCCUAUUCCA